AUGGCUUUAACAGUGGACAAACUAGUAAACGAUGAUAGGUUUUCUGGAGAAAAUGUUCUACAGUUUAUAUUAUAUUUGCCCUUUGGGAUUGUACUUUUGGCGACACGAGUCAUUUUAGCGUUGAUUCUUUGGAUCGCAUCAAUACUAUUGCCCAACAACCAAGCUGUGAGACAGUUACUCUCUACUUUCGCGUGUUGGACCUUUGGUGUUUAUGUGAAAUUGAAGGGCAGUAAAGAUCCACGAUGUAGCGUACUGGUGGCCAACUGUGUUUCAUGUCUAGACUCACUGGCGGUCUCACAUGUCCUAGGCACAAUUAGUCUAAAAAAAUGGAAAGUGCCACCAUUUUUUGCAUCAACUCUCGGCAUAAGAAAUGCUGCUCAAUUUGUAAGAAAGCAACAUUUUGCUGAUGGUUCAAGCAAGUCAGUACUGUUACAACCCGAGGGAGGGGCAACCAACGGCAAGGGACUGUUGAAAUUUACAGAAUGGCCUUUCCAAAUUGGGAACAGAGUUCAACCAGUUACUAUCACAGUGGAGCGUCCGUUCACGAGCGUGACGGUGCAUCGUUCAUGCGAUACUCGCGAACAAUUCCCCUGGUCAGAUGCUCUAUGGUUCUUGUGGACUCCGGUGACAGUGUUCCAUGUGACCGCUCUGCCUUCGCUGGAGAGACACGAUGACAAUGAUGCUGCCUUCCAUCAGAGGAUUAGAGAGGCUAUAGCACAGGGAUUGGGGGUGGAGAUGACAGAAUACCGGUGGGAAGAGUUGGGCCAAGUAUCAGGACCUAGUAGGGUAAGGGGCGCGAGGGAGGCACGCGCCGUGAGCGCGGGAAGCGAAUUGUCUCGUUUAGCCGCCCAAGUCAAGGAGGUUCUACCCUCCGUGCCUCUCGCUGAUAUACUACGGGAUCUGGCGACUACCCGUAGUGUGGACGUGACAAUCACCAAUUUCCUCGAAGGGGUCACUCCGUACACUCCAGAGCCCCAACCUUCAGUUUCAAGACCCCGGCCAAUAUCUCGUCCGGACCAUUUCCCUCCAGACGCUAAACGACGUCACCAAGGCUUCCAGGACAGGAAAGCUCAAAUGAUAGCCGAGGCAAGACAGAAGUAUAUCAAGAAACAUGGCUUAAACAUUUGCUAG